CCCAGGUGGCAGCCCAACCACGGAAGUCACGUGAUUGUGACCGACACUGCUGCCUUCACCUUGAGCCAAUCAAACUGUAUCGUGAACUACCUAGUAUCGAGUGGUCAAAGCGUACCUCUGUGUUACACAACAUAGUGCUCAAGUGCUGUCACCUCGAUCCUCAAGCUAUCCCCAACGAACAACACACCAAAAAUCACCAUGGAAGCAACAGCCGACUCAACAAGGGAUCGCGCACUGGAUUACCAUGUCUACACUGUAUGCAUAUCAUAUCAGGCUUUGGCAUCUUUGUAUUCCAUGCUGAAAUGAACAGGUUCAAGUCAUGGCGCCGGAGGAUACAAUAUCCCUCGAAGAUUUAGAGGCUACCAUAGUCUCCGGGGGAGGAACAAUUCUGGCGAAAUUCACUUACCUAAGGGGUUUUAUGUAUGAAUUCCCGCGCAAGGAGACCAACCCCCUCCAAGAUCAUCCGCAGAUCAAUCACAUGGAGAUCAUCGAACAAGUAUAGAACGGUGAUUUGCAACCAGCAUUCACCUUGACGACGGACUGUGUGGACUGCGUGGCGGCUUCUAUCACUUGAAUAAGUACUGCCUCCAGAACCUACUCCACGAUACUCACGCCCCGCCGCGUUUUGACUUACCCGCCAAACACAACCAAAUCCUCUCAGACUUAUCGACAUCACACCUCGCUUCCCCCCCUCCAACUAUGUCCCAGGGAGCAAAUGACCUUUUGCAGGCUCGCAGAAAAGGCUGCGACGACUUCGCAAGGGGAGAGUGCCGACACGGUGACGAUUGCACGUCACUCCACCAUAAAAAUCUCGACCCAGCCCGGCACCAUGAGGCAGAGAUUCAAUACAACGUGCCAAACGAGCCGUACAUAGCUUGCCGUAGGUGCGUACAGCAGCUUCGAAAAUGUGACAAGCUUGAUCGUGGUGGAAUAGACGAUCCAUGCUCAGAGUGCCGACACUACGGUGGAUCCAAUUGCGACUGUACAUUAACGCCACUUACCUACAACGAUCAAGUAUGGCAACAGAUGAUGAGCCGCGAAGAAACCGGCUUCGACCUUCCUCCACCAAAAGAUAGAGACGGGAAUAUUGGCAAAGCACGCAAUGAAGCAGGCGAGCGAGUGGGCAAAGCCAAGCCUACAGGACCUAUGCCAGAUGCUAAGGUCAAGCUCAACUAGGCAGGCAAGAGCAAGGAUGAGCUGUUGGCGCAACCUGGCCUACUACCUGAUCCUGUGCGCCGAUUGCCGCGAGCAUACCUGGUACCUCCACCCCGAAAGGAGAAGAACAAUCACCAGAAGCGAAAGGCAACUGGUGGUGACACAGAACAACAUCAAGAGAACGGCGUUCGAUGCAGCCCCACGCCGCCCUUUGCACUCACCCUUCAAUUCGAACAAUGCUCCUGGGGCAAACAAUCCGUAUCUUCCCACUUUCAAUUCAGCCACUGCUCCCGGGGCUACCGGUAAUCUACAAACCCAAAUGCCACCAACACCACCUCCACCACUACCACAAACAAUCUGGGGCAGGUUGUCAGCAGCCAACUACUGCCUCAUAAACAACGAGGUGACAUACGUGUACUCAAGCGGAGUCAAACUCACCAUUCCAAUGAAUUUGCUCAUGUUCACUUCCACUCCUAUAAGUUUCUCACAUUCCUUGCACAAUUGAGAAUAUCCCUACAAAAAUCAUAUCUAAGAAACACGCUGUAGAGGACAGGGAAACUGAGAUUAUGCCUACACUGGUCAUAUCGUGGAAACAUGUGGAGGACAAGGACAGUAAAGUCGCGCAGCUUUAUGAUGCAACAUACCUUUCGUCAUCUGAGGAUGAGCAUGAGAAUAGGGACAGGCAGUGGAUAUUGUUCCUGACAUUGUGUUUCUUUUAUUCACCAACACCAUCGGCUCAUCCCUUUGGUAUCUUUUGUAACCCAUCGGCUCACUCCUUUGGUAUCUUUUGUAACCCAUCGGUUCACUCCUUUGGUAUCUUUUGUAACCCA